AUGGCAAACUCCAAGAAGCUCACGCCUGUCAUCUUUGCAUCUCAUGAAGCACUUGCGAGCGAAGUCAAGGGAAUCGUCAUCAUCAACUCCCACUGGGUCGAACUCGACGACAAAAUCAGGGUUGCCACCAAUUCCGACCCCCAUGUGGACCUGACUUCUCUUGUCCCUCGUGAGAAAUACAGUCACUUCAAGCCAAACGUUUCUCGCGACUUGGGACUUCGAGUGAUAUCGCUGUUAAAGAAUGCUGGGUUCCUCGAUGUCGAGGAAUCUACUACCGCAGAAUGGGUUGACGCUCCCACCACGCCCUCCUUAUGGAUGUUCCCAAAUGGCACGCCGCCAGCGACCACAGUCAGCCUCAACGCCAGAUAUGAUCCAGUGUUCCAUGUGCGGAUGGGUCAAGCGUUGAGAAGCCUCCGAAAAGAGGGCAUUUUGAUCAUGGGUUCUGGUUCUAUCGUCCACAAUAUCUUCCGAGGAAACCAUCUCCCAAUUCUGCUCAAGCGAGACAACCUGCAGAAAGGAUCCAAACUAUCCAAGUUUGCAGCAGAUUUUGAGAAGUCGAUUGACGACAUCGUUACCAGCAAUACUGGUGCUGACCUUGCUGCCGCUCUUGUGCGCAUCACCCAGAGUCCUCGAUAUCUGGAGGCGCACCCGUCGAAUGAUCACUUCUACCCACUGUUGGUCUUGGCCGGAGCGCUUUAUGAUGAUGAGAAAGUUUAUGGACGCCCAAUGGCAAGAACGUACGAGAUGAGGAACAUUGUCAACGUCCAGUACAUGUGGGGCGAAUUUAAACCUCAGCCUGUAGCAGUCGCCUGA